GAGUUAUCCACACAACUCGCUAUCAAAAAAUUUUAUACUUUUUUUCGGAAUGACAUAUAUCCGUUAAAAAGCACUACGUACCGACAAAUCAAAUUUGAAAUACUUGACGAAGCAAAUAACAGCAAAAACUUCAAUAAAGAAUCUUCAAUUCCAGAUAUUCAAAUAUAAUUUUCUGGAAAAAUUACAACAAGAAACUGGUACAGAUAUAGAUGACCAGGUUGUAAUUUUUGAUUUUCAAAAGUGGUUAAAAAAUUGUUUACGAUUUUUCUUGUAAAACAUAUUGUAUUCAAAUUUAAAAACCGUUACAAAGGAAGGAAGAACUCCUAGUUGUAAUUUUUGAUUUCCAAAAGUAGUUUCUACUUAAAAAAAUCGUACUCGAAAUUUGUUUUUUAGAAUUUUCUAGAAAAAUUAGAAUAAAUAAGAAACUGGUACAGAGCAGGAAGACCAGGUUAUAAUUUUUGAUUUCCAAAAGUAGUUAAGAAAAUUGUUUACGAUUUUUCUUCUAAAACAUAUAUUUAAAUUUGAAACCGUUACAAAGGAAGGAAGAACUCCUAGUUGUAAUUUUUAAUUUUCAAAAGUGGUUAAGAAAAUUGUUUACGAUUUUUCUUCUAAAACAUAUUACAUUCAAAAUUUGGAAACCAUUACAAAGGAAGGAAGAACUCCUAGUUGAACCCCAAAUUUACUAUUUGGACCUUUCUGGAAAGAGACAUAUCACAUAGCUAAAAAUGAGACCUAAUAAGAAGCAAAAGGUAGAGACCAAGCCACCUGAAGUCGGUCUUUUUACAAAUUUUAAGAACAGAGGCAAGGCUUGCUGUGCCGCAAUUUGGAAUCUAUUACGGUUUACGCAAAACACUGAAAACGAAACCAACAAUAUAAUGGAUUCGGAAGGAGGCAUGACUCAAAAACGUAUUGUUGCAAAAUCCAAUCCCCACAUUACUGGAAAAGCGUUGAGAUUACAAAGUCAAAAAGGUUUUAGUAGAACCAGAAAGAAACGUUACAAAACAUUCAGAAAAGUUGUAAAAAAACCUUGUGAAAAAUUUUGUAGCAAGAUGAAGAAGAAAAAUUCUAAGGCAUUGGGCUCAAAAAGGCAAGGGUAUACCGACGACCAGUGCAUAAAACUUGAUAUAGUACUCAAAGCGCCAAAACAGCAGUUAAAUAAAAAGAAGAAAAAAUGUUUACGAAAACCAAAGACUAAAAAGCCUGGUAAAUCUCUUAGAAAAACCAUUCAUAAGCCUGGACAAAAAUUGAAUAACAAGAAGAAAAAUUCGACAAAGUCGCAUAUGAUUAGCAAAUCUUCAACAUCUCAGGGUCAAAACCCAAUAUUUUUAGCAAAGUUGUUGCCUAAAGAUAAAAAAAGUUGCGUAGGAUCUCCAAAAAAUAUUUCUCAAGCGACUAUAUUUAUUCCGUUUCCUGUUAUAAAUGAAUGUAUCAAAAAGAAUAAAAAAAGAAAAAUGGACAAAACUAUGAGAAAGAAAAUUAAAAAACCAGGUAAGAAAUGUCAGGGGAAGAAAAAGAUUCCGAAACAAGCCUUCAUAGAACCGGAAGAUCUACUAAAGCGGUUCAAUGAACUGUUGUUACAAAGCGCUGCAACUCACGCUUGAGUUCACAGCGCAUAUUAAGAUUUACACCCACAAAAAAUAUAUACAUCUGCCAAUGUGGGCAUUCCUACUCAUAAAACGUAACGUUUAAAAACAUCUUAGAGAUAGGAAAUAGGAGUCAUUAAAAAGACAAAAUGGACUCUUUAGUUAUUUAAAAAAAAAUUUGACAAAAACAAGCUUUGCAAAACUCAAAGAACGGGAGCUGCUGCCUUAAAUUUCAUAGGGAAAGAAAAAGAUGUCAAUAUUUAAAAACCUAAUGCCAAAUCCCGUAAAACGUUUUAA